CGUCGGUCUACUGCCUCGGGCCGUCCUUUCGAACGAUCGAAACCCUUCAUCUCGUCAUCCCCCUUCUCGCUAGUUCACCCAUGGAAGCCUUGGUGCGUACCAUCGAUACGGCGAUAGUCAAUUGCGACUUUGUGACGCUAGCGAGCGUCUUUUCCGAUCGUGGCACCACCGAUUCCUGGCACGCCGUCGGGCAGGGCGAACAACGUUCGGUGGCGGCCCAUUUUGUCCAAGCAGUCGUCGCGAACGAAGCCUUUCUCGUCCAAGCCCUCUCCAAUAGUACUAACAGUAUAAGUGUAGAAGACUUCAUGAUUGCAGCCUUGAAUCAUUUACCCGCGACGGUCGACCGAGCCGCCGACAAUACACUAAGGCAGCGGCUCUUUGACGCCAAGAUCAAUCGAGACGACGUCGACUACGUCGGCGCCGCCCAAAUUCUGGCGGGCAUGCGGAUGGACGACGAUCCGCAGUCGAUCUACUACCUCACAGCCUCGGCACGGACGGAUGUGUACGUCAAGAUUGCCGAGUGUUUCCUCGCCGAAGACCACGUGGUGGAGGCGGACGCUGCCGUCACCAAGGCCGGCACGGUGGCCGAGGCCAUCCCGGACAAGGCGGCACACACAGCACUUCUCCUGCGCUACAAAAGUACGUACGUCCGAGUACUAGACGCCAACCGAAAAUUCCUAGCUGCUGCCCAACGGUAUCACGAAUUGAGUCAAUCCGGGGGGGAUUUGAUCGACGCCGACGACUUACUCCAGCUCCUCGGCCGGGCCGUUACCUGCGCCAUUCUCGCUCCCAACGGUCCGCAACGACAGCGCGUGCUCGCGCAUAUUGUGGAAGACCCCCGUUUACCGCAACUGGAUCAAAUAGAUGCCUUUGCCACGCACCGGACGAUUCUGCAAAAAAUGUGCCGCCACCAGAUUCUCCCCCGCGCCCAACUCGAAACCUUUGAAGCAUCCUUGGCGGAACACCAAAAGGCCAUCAUGGGGGACGGUCUCACCAUUAUGGAGCGGGGUGUUGUCGAGCACAACAUGAUGGCCGUUUCGAAACUUUACCGCACUAUUUACAUGGACAAGCUCGCGCACAUUUUGGAUUUACCGGUACCCAAAGCCGAAGCCUUGGCCGCCAAAAUGAUCACGGACGGAUCCUUGAAAGCCUGCUUGGACCAAGUAGAAGGAUUACUGGAGUUUCAAACACCCGAACCACCGACCCAACGCUGGGAUCGAAAUAUUACCAGCCUGUGCGUUGAACUCAAUCAAGUGGCGGAGGAAAUCACAGGUUUUCGAUCCCGACAAGGAUUGUAG